AUGCAGCCAUUCAGCCAUGUCUUUGGACAGCAAGGGAAGAAGGAACACGGCUUCGACAAUGUGAAAACCUCAAACAGUGCGUGGGACACGAAUCUCAUUGCUGCAUCUUCCCGGCACAUUAGUAUCAAUUGGAAUGCCUCAGGCGGAGGUGCCUUUGCUAUUCUUCCUCUUCCGACACCCUUCGGUCCUUUGCCGCAUGGAUUCCCCUACAAGCUUCCAGAACUCAUUCCGUUGGCUCGUAGUCACACGGGACCCGUCCUGGAUACUGACUGGUCUCCGUUCAACGACUCCGUGGUUGCAUCUGCGGGUGAGGAUGGCAAGGUCAUGAUCUGGAAGGUCGAGGACUCUGUCUUCGAGGGGUGGGGCCAGGAGCACUGGGAACCUCAAGACUUUGACCCGGUUGCGCGACUAGAUGUUUCGCCGCGCAGAGUUGGACAGGUCCUGUUCCACCCGACUGCGAAUAACGUACUUGCCAGCACAACAGGAGACCAUAUUGUGAAGCUGUGGGAUCUCGAGAAUCCAGAGAACCCGAGAUCUGUUCUCAGCGGUCAUGGCGAUGCGAUCCAGAGCCUUGCAUUCAACCCUGCGGGCAACCUCCUGGUCACUACAUGCAGAGAUAGGAAGCUCAGGCUGUUCGAUCCUCGUGCUGGAGGGGAGGCGGGUGCGCGCGUUACGUGGAUGGGGGAGAGAGAUAGCAUUGCGACGACCGGGUUCAGCAGAAUGAGCGACAGGCAGGUUGGUCUGUGGGAGACCGGCGGGUUGACCAACAUCAAAACAAUGACGAUCGAUCAAACAUCUGGUGUGCUUAUGCCAUUCUGGACCGACAACAACAUCCUGUUCCUCGCUGGCAAGGGCGACGGUAACAUCAGAUACUACGAGUAUGAGCAUGACCAGCUUUACGCUCUGGCGGAGUACAAGUCAUCCGAUCCUCAGCGUGGGAUGUGCUUCCUUCCCCGUCGUGCCCUCAACGUCUCUGAGUGUGAGAUCGCUCGAGCAUAUAAAGUAGCGGGUUCCUCCAUUGAAGCAAUUGCUUUCAUCGUUCCCCGCAAGUCUGAAUCCUUCCAGGCCGACAUCUAUCCUCCUGUUCCAUCUUCUGAGCCGGCGCUCUCCCCUAGUGAGUUCUUUGCCGGAAAGACAGCAUCUCCGAAACUUGUCAGCCUGGAGAACGGGUCAAUUUCUUUUGGCGCCCCUCCUUCUACUUUACCCUCGGCGCCACCUCCGCACGCCGCUCCGGCGCCGACCAGAUCAACUAGUGCUCCCGCCCCCGCCCCCGCUCCUGUGCCUGUUCCAGCUAUCUCCAUUCAUGUGGACCCAACACCUUCACCUGUCGUGAUUAAGUCUGAUCCGAGCCCUAUCAGCCCGGCCGAACUGAGGAUGCUCGUGAGGUCUCAGACCAUCCCGGAAGAUGAACCGUCCGUCUCUAUGCUGAAGGAUGAGAACGCGCGACUCAAUGCCGAGCUUCGCGAGGCCCGUGCACAGAUCAGGAACCUCGAAUUGCAGGUGGAGAGCAUCAAGGCAAACGCGCGCAAGGCGGCUGCGCUGUUGGACAGCUGA